GGGAUGGGUCUUCGUUCUUCCCGUUGGUGAGUGCGGCCCGGAGCGCUGAAUCUGUCAACCGCUGCAGUGCUGAUCCUUUGCUAGGCGUAAUGCUCUCCAUUGCGCGGUCUCGGUAUACUCUCCUCGUCCAGUUUGUGUUUUUGGCGCUCAAUGCAGUCGGCAUCGUGCUGGCCACCAUCUACAAUGCCAGCACCCCGGACAUGUACCCCAACAAUUCCCACCACAAGCUCGGCUGGGUGUUGACGUGGGUGGUGGGCGCGCAAGUCUUCAUCGGGCUUAUCAGUGCAUACACGGGACGUCAGGACAAGGAGCACGCCGGCUUUAUCCCCGUCUCUAGCGAGGCCAUGGCAGAACACCAGCGCAUGCAGGAUCUCGGUUUCGCAGAGACCUACCGCUUCUCCAACGACAGCGGCCAGGGCACCGAGCCGAACACAGAAUCUUUGAGGAGUCACUCGAUCUCCUCCACGGGCGACGAAGAGCGCCAAUUGCCCGUUGCGCGCGAUCGGUCUCAAGACGAGUACCUGGGCUCGGAGAAGCGAGGUCUGCUGAAGGGGAGCCGGGUGGACCAGUUCCUCAGCAACAAGAUCCCGGGCUUGCUCUCCGCACGGGUCCUGCGCGUCUUCCAAUUCUUUUAUGAUGUCGUCGAUCGCUUGAUCUUGAUCCUUGCAUUUGUGGCGGUCACGACAGGGUUCGUGACGUACGGUGGCCUAUUUAUGGGCCAUGAGAUCUUUAGUGGUCUCGCGCAUUUCAUCAAGGGAGGUGUCUUCUUCUGGUACGGUAUCCUGACCCUCGGACGCUGGGCGGGCUGCUUUGCUGAAAUUGGCUGGGCCUGGAACAUCACGCCUGUUGGCGCACGAAAGGCAAACCGUUAUUCAGCAGAGUUCGUCGAGAGCUUCCUCAUCUUCGCUUACGGCUCGACCAAUGUAUUCCUGGAACAUCUGGCGGCUUGGGGCUCGGCAUGGAGUGCUCAGGAUCUUGAGCACCUCUCCAUUACUAUCAUGUUCAUCGGGGGUGGAUUGUGCGGGAUGUUCAUCGAGUCCAACAAGAUUCGGGAUCUCCUCAACGCGCCACUCCAGUCGGCUGUCGAGCAAUCCAAUACCCCGUAUCAGUCAGAAGAGCAGGAUACCCUGGAACCACCUAAGAGUUACCGGUUUUCUAUGAACCCCAUCCCUGCCCUGGUCGUCCUCCUGUUGGGGAUGAUGAUGAGCUCCCAUCACCAGGCAUCCAUGGUUUCCACUAUGGUGCACAAGCAAUGGGGUACGCUGCUGGUUGGAGCGGCCUUUGCGCGCGCGGCCACCUAUGUCAUCUUCUACCUCUCUCCACCAACCUCGAUCCUGCCGGGCAGGCCGCCAUCAGAGGUGAUCACCUCCUUCUGUUUGAUGGCAGGUGGUAUGAUCUUCAUGGCUAGUGCUAGAGAUUGUAUUACGACAAUGGAGCUCUACGACCUUGAUGCAAUGUUUGUCUUCACGGUGUCCAUGGGUCUCAUUACGUUCCUGAUGGCCUGGGUCCUUUUGGUCAUCGCCAUCAAAGGGCUAGCAGUGAGGAAGGAGAACCGGCUAGGGAUGGCCUACCGCCCCAUCGCAUGAUUGAAAUGCAUAUGACAUGACCCGACCCUGCUUGUAUGUGGGUACGAUGGAAAUGAGGUAUGCGGAAAGAAAAAAAAAAGACGGCUUUAUCAUUCAGUUUUACGGCGGCGGCAGCAUGACACAGGCGUACUU